AUGUUGGCCAACGCCACGCUGAAGCCGCUGUGCCCCCUCCUGGAGCAGAUGAGCCACCUGCAGAGCCACCGCAACUCCAGCAUCCGCUACAUGGACCACGCCUCUGUGCUGCUGCACGGGCUGGCGGGGGUGCUGGGCCUGGUGGAGAACGGGCUCAUCAUCUUCCUGGUGGGCUUCCGCAUGCGCCAGACCGUGGUCACCACCUGGGUGCUGCACCUGGCGCUGUCCGACCUGCUGGCCGCCGCCUCCCUCCCCUUCUUCACCUACUUCCUGGCCGUGGGCCACUCGUGGGAGCUGGGCACCACUUUCUGCAAGCUGCACUCCUCCGUUUUCUUCCUCAACAUGUUUGCCACGGGCUUCCUGCUCAGUGCCAUCAGCCUGGACCGCUGCCUGCAGGUGGUGCGGCCAGUGUGGGCGCAGAACCACCGCACGGUGGCCGCGGCGCACCGACUCUGCCUGGCGCUCUGGGCCCUGGCAGUGCUCAACACCGUGCCCUACUUCGUGUUCCGUGACACCAUCCCGCGGCGGGACGGGCGCAUCAUGUGCUACUACAACGUCUUGCUGCUGAGCCCCGGGCCGGACCUCGACGCCACCUGCAACUGGCGCCAGGCGGCCCUGGCGAUCAGCAAGUUCCUACUGGCCUUCCUGGUGCCGCUGGUCAUCAUCGCCUCCAGCCACGCGGCCGUGAGCGUGCAGCUGCGCCACCGCGGCCGUCCGCGGUCCGGCCGCUUCGUGCGGUUGGUGGCCGCCGUGGUGGCUGCCUUUGCGCUCUGCUGGGGACCCUACCACGUCUUCAGCCUGAUAGAGGCGCGGGCGCACGCGGUGCCGUCGCUGCGGCCGCUCGCCUGGCGCGGGCUGCCGUUCGUCACCAGCCUGGCCUUCCUCAACAGCGUGCUCAACCCGCUGCUUUACGUGCUCACCUGCCCCGACGUGCUGCGCAAGCUGCGGCGAUCGCUGCGCUCCGUGCUGGAGAGCGUGCUGCUGGACGACAGCGAGCCCGGCCUCGACUCCCGCCGCCGCCGCCGCCGCACCUCCUCCGCCGCCACCUCCGCCACCUCCUUCUCGCUGCGCAGCCACCUCCCACCCGCGCUCUGCCCCGCGCGCCUCCAGGGAUGGCUGAGGCGCAGCAGCGCAGCGACCCCGCAAAAGGCCCAGGCCCGUGACGAGAGGGGACCCCUGAACUCGGCGGUGAGCACCACCUCCGAGUAGGACCCAUGAUGGAACAUCGCAGUUAGAA